AUGCAGGAGGAAGCAAGAAGCAAAAUAGCGAGAUGCAAAGAGGGAGAAGAAGAGAAGUGGGAGGGAGUUAUGCCAAAGCGAGGCAUAACAGAACAGAUCAGCGAGCAGCUUUAG